AUGCUGCCUCCGCCUCACCCAGAUCAUUCUGAGCCCCGCGACCCCUCUCCGGUGCCCGACGGCCCAGACCUCAUGACAAAGGGAGAAGAGCAGGCCGACGAAGGUUGCCAUGCCCCGCUAGAUGAGCAGGCGCUCGUCGAUACACAGCUCCUGACCGAGUGUCAUGAGAAUUAUAUUCGUUCUUGCCGGGAGAUGGCCGUUCAUGCGGCCCAAAUUGCCUCGCUACAAAAAGAGGUCAAAGAGUUGAAGACAGCGAACAAGAAGCAGGAGGAUAUGAUCACCGCCCUAUACCAGCAUUUCCUACCUGGUGUUUCUACCCAAACUGACGCACACGAAGUUGAGGGCAGCGUUCAACCGGAGGUUGGAAGUGGCCAGCGGAUUGCGAAGGCAGCCAGGGAAGUCCUCAAGGGAGAGUUCAGUACUACAUUGUAUGAUUGCUCACCAGUCCACCAGGCCACAAUAUCGUCCGCCAACUCUUCCAGAAUUGCUAGCGACCAAGUCGACAACCAUAACUCCGUCGCAGCACCUGUCGCCGACCCUGUCGCCGCACCAGGCACUGACUCCGCUGCAUCUGUCGCCGCCGCCGCUGAUGAUAAAGAAGACUCUCCCGAAGAGGGAGAAAUCCGCGAAGAGGAAGACGACUCGCUUGAGGAGGGCGAGAUCCGCGAGGACGAAGACGAUGAUUCCCCAGAGAAAGGCGAAAGGAUUUGGAUGGUCCUCAACUUGCUCUGUGUCAACGGGCAAAGGCUACAAUUUCUUUUCGGAAGUCCCCACCGCCACCUUAGGCCCAAUCUCAGCAAGGAGGCUCUCGCCGAGCUGGCCAAGCAGGAGAAGAAAAGGAAGGCUAGAGAGAAGCGUGCGGCCAAGAAGAAGUAG